AAAAUAAAAUAAAUAUUUGUUUAAGAAAAUUCUAACAAUAUCUUAUAAAAAACUUUUCAGAAUUAUUUUAAAUUUUAUUUCCGAAAAUUUAUUAAUUUUAAAUGUUAUCAUAAAAUAUAAUCAGAAAUUUAAAUUUAAUUUAGUUUUUAUUAUAAAUGAUUUUUAAAAAGAUUUUCUUGGAAAGAAAUAUCCAUUUCUAUUUAAAUUUUAAAAUAAAAAUACCUUAUUUAUUAAACACAUAAAUAAUGACUUAUUGCAUGUGUUAUUUUUUAAUUUAAACUAUCUCUUAGAGGUGACAAAUCUAAAUGAUUUUAUUAUGUAACAUUACAAUUGGUGUAACUGAUUUUUAAAAUUAAUCUAAUAUUUUUAUUAAUUGUUAAAUUUUAAUUUACACCCCCUUUCAUAUAUGACACAUUUAACCUCUUUACAUAUCGUAUAUAUAAAUAGUUAGUCAACUAUUAUUAGCGUUGUACAUAUUCCAUUGAGUUAAAAAAACUAUUUAAUUUUAAUAUUUAAAAACUAUAUCCAAUUGGUGCAUUAAUCACUAUAUAUAAAGUUUUACAUCUCCUACUCCAACCAUAAAUGGACGAACAUUAUAUAUAUGAAAUACAUUAAACAUGAAUACACUUUUAUCGUCUAUACGCAUACUGAUGUCAUAGUAUGAAUGACCUAUAUAUGUCAAAAAGAUUAAAAUUCAUACUCUAUUCUAUAUAAUGAGAACACACAUUUAUCAAACUGGUUUAAUGUUACAAUAUAUAACAAUUCCAACAAAUUUUAAUUUUACCUCAUAUUUGCGCCUUCAAAAUGCGCCUUUGUUUGAUCCUUGACUUUGCCAUUUGAGCGUUUUUUUAUAAUUAGCUUUUGGUUAUGAUAUAAGGUUAAUUUUUUGGAUAAAAGGUUAAUUUGUAGUAUUUUAUUAGUUUGGGUUUGGGGUUUAGAGUAAAAUAUAAGAAUACAAUUUGAAAAAUUUAGAUUAGUAGUUUAUGUGUUAAGUUUUUGGUGUUUAAAUUUGAAAAGGUUAAUUUUUGUGUUUGGAUUUUAUGAUUUGGUGUAGGGGUGGGCGUUCGGGUACCCAUUCGGGUUCGGUUCGGAUCUAAUCGGGUUUCGGGUAUUCGGGUUUAAAAAUUUCAGCCCCAUUCGGGUAUUUCUAAAUUUCGGUUCGGAUCUUUGCGGGUUCGGUUCGGGUUCGGAUAACCCAUUUAAAUUAUUUUUAAAAUUUUAAUAUUCAUUAUAUGCUUAAAAAUUCUCAAAAUCUGUAAAACAAAAUAAUAUAUUACAUAUAAAUUUGUAUAAUAUAUGUCAAAAUACCUAAAAUUAACAUAUAAAUUGGUUUGAUUUUAAUAUUUGAAUUCAAAAUCAAUAGAUAUUUCAAGCAUUGUGGUGUUUUGAAGAUAUUUUAGCUAUUUUAGAUAUUUAUUUUUGACUAUUUAUGUAUAUUUUCAAGUAUUUUAGACAGUUUAAAAAUAUAUUAUAUAUUUUGGAUGUUUUUAAUAUAUAUUAAAUCUAAAAAUAUAAUAUAUAUUUAGGUAUAUAAAUCUAUUUCGGUUACAUUUGGGUAUCCGAGAUAUUUCGGUUCGGAUCGGGUUCGGUUUCGGUUCUUUAGAUACCAAAAUUUUGAACCCGUUCGGAUAUUUAAUCCAUUUCGGUUCGGGUUUGUUACUACUUUUUCGGACCGGGUUCGGUUCGGUUCUUCGGAUCUGGGUUUUUUGCCCAGCCCUAAUUUGGUGUAUAAGGUUUAGGGUUAUAGUGUAUGGUUCGGAAUAUAGUGUUUGAAGUGUAGAUUUAAGUUUUGGAAUUAAAUUUCUUAAAAUGUUAAAUUUUAAGUUUAAGUUUAAGAUUUGUUGAAUUUUGAAAAUAUUAGAUUUAAUGUUUAGAUUUAUGAUUAAGGGGAAUUUAGUUUAUAUAUAUGGUUUAGGGUUUAGAAUAUAGUGUUUGAUUUUAGAUUUAAAAUUUGAGAUUAAAUUUUUAAUAUGACUAAAUUUGAGUUUAGAUUAACGAUUUUGAGGUAAAGUAUGAAAAUAUUAGAGUUAAAGAUUUAUUUUUAGAGUUUAGGGGUUAAAAACAUAUUUAGGGUAUAUAAUUUCAAAAAGCCACAAAAUUUUCAUGUCAAAAUUGUAGCUAAAAGGUAUUUUAUGAAUUAGUCACGAAAUUUUCGUAGCAAAAUCGUGGCUGCCACAUUUACGUUCGUAGCAAAAUCGUAGCAAAUUUUGCUACAAAAUUGAUACGAUUAGCUACGUUUUGCGUUUCGUAGCAAGUUCGUAGAAAAUUCAUAGUUUUUUUCAUUUUGCUACAAAAUUUACGUAGCAAAUUCAUAGCUAUAGACAUAUUUUUUACUAGUGCUAUCACCAUUUUGCUUCCUAACGUGAUCAGGACAAUGUCAACUAGGUUGCUAUUCUGCAGCUUUUUUUUAACAUUAACAAUUCUGAAGAUUUGGCAUGGGAUUAUUUAUGAAUUGUGGAAGGAGUGAAGCUCGUGCUUCCACUGCGGUUUGUCUCACUCGGAGCUGUCUACUUUGAGGAAGGUCUUCAUUGUCAUCUGAAAUAAGUUCACGUUCCUAAAGAACUGUGGUAGCAUUUGGUCUACGUUAUUUAAUCCUCUACAUCUUCUGUUUUUGUUCAGUUGUGCUAUCAGCCCAAUCGGACCAUUCCACAUUUCUUCCAUCUAUUUUAAUUUCCCCUUGCUUUGUCUUUCUCUUGUUGUUGCUCUUUUGAUUUUCCUUAAAAUUUAAUAUAAAGCCUUCGAUAAAAAUGUCUACCAUAAUUCAUUUUAUAUAAAUCCUUUCAUGUUGAAUCGUCAGACGUUGAGUCCGCUGACUGGAGAGUUGUGUUGUGGUUUCAAGUGGCGGAGCCAGAAUGUUUUUGUACCGAAACUCAGAAUUAUUUUGUGAGAUCAAAUUUUAUUUUUAAUGGGACAAAUAUAAUUUUUUUAAAACAAAAAUAUACAUAUUUUAUGACCCCACUGUUCCUUAAUUGCCUCCGCCCCUUCAACUUUCGGUUGCUGGAGAUUAGGUUUUAGUUAGUUGUUUUUUUUACGACAAACAACUAUUUUAUUACUUAAACUUGAAGUGGUAUGGGUAAUAAUCAGACCGAAAUAGAAAAACCAAUAACAAAGCUCUCUAUGGAAACACCUUAGAAUCGUAGCCAAAAAAUCAGAAAUUUCAUUUUGCGUUGUUGGGAUGUGAGAGAUCUUGAAAUCCAGAAAGCAUAUCUGAAAAGUCUUUAUCACCUCCAAUUAUAUUGCAAAAAUUGGCAAUUCACGAGGAUCAUUUAUCAUUGCAAUUAGAUCCUUAUACUCCAUUCAAAAGCUUUGGCAUGUUGAAUGUUGAAGCAUGCUCUCAAUGGCCAUCGCAUUGCUUUCACUUCUGUAUGUAAAGCAGCCUUUCGCCUUCUUAAUUUAUGCGUCUCCAAAAGUUGAAUCUUCCCCAAACCAUCUAUCCAAGCCCAUCCACAUCCACUAAACUGAGAUGUAGAGAUCCAUGAGCCAUAUAUCAUGCAAAUAUUACCCUAACUUAAGACUUGUGGUUCUUUUAUUGGAUGUUCUUGUGGAGAUGGGGGUAUUGUCUCAUUCGCUUUUUGCAUAUUGUAUUAGUUACAAAUGAUUUUUGUCUAUAUCCAUAAAUAGUUUAUCAUUUCGAGACUUCCAUAUAUACCUUAUUAUCCAGGGAUAAGAUUUCUAUCUAAUUUUGGUUCCUCAAUGCUAUUCUUUCUCAAGAAAAAGUAGCCCAUAUUGGCAUAGAUACUCGUUAUUGAAAAGAUAUAUUGGUUAGAUGGAGUUGUUGAUAAAGACCAUGCUUGUAAAAUUGGUGGACAUUCGAAUAUGGCAUGAGUAACAAUUUCUUCAGGUUUUCCACAUCUUAACCAAUAAUCAUCGCAUCGCAAAUAACAUGUUGUUUUAUUUGCAUCAUAAAACGUUGUUUUAUUUGUAUAAUAACACGUUGAAUAAUAUAAAAGGUAAUAUACAUGAAAAAAAUAUUUUUGUUUUAUUAUUAUCAUUAUAGAAUAUACUAUAUAUAAUAGCAAAUAUGUUUGUGUUUCCCGCCGUCAUCAUUUUAUAGAAUCUUUUUUUAUCUUCUGGUUGAGUUUAUCACAAUUUUGUAAUCUAUGGACAAGCUCUUUUUCGUUUAUAAGAUUCGACAUCAAAUUGUUUUAGCAAAGUAUGUAUCCAUCUUGGAUGCACCAUUUUACAUGGCUCUUUUUAUUUCUGAACAAUACACCCUUUCAUAUGUCUCUUUUAAUUUUUGAACGACACAUCCUUUCACAUCUAUACUAUUAAAGCAGGAUCCUAUUGUCCUUUUUACCUUAAUCUGCCUUUUUUUUACUAACAUUGCAUGUUUCAUUAAGGGCAAACAAAUAAUAUUAAUAACACAUCUAUAUUAGAUCAUUUUUUUCGGAUCCAACCCACAUCAGAUCUCUCUUUGGCCAUUUGGACCGAUUAAGAAAUCAGAUCCAAUUCUCACAUUUUUUUCCUUUGAGUCAUUGAGUCCAAGUUCAAAUAAUUUUUUUUCAACUAUUCUUAAUUAUUAUUUUUUUCUUUUCUUAAUAUAAUUUAAGCAUUCAUUAAAAAAAUUGAAUUUUUUAUUGAAAAGUAUAAAUCUUUAUUAAAAGCAUAUAAUUUUUAAUUAAAAUAUUAACCACAUAAUAAAAUUAAUUUAUCAGAGUUAUACCAACUUAAUUAAUUAAAGAAAUAAAGUUUAAUUUUUUAAACAGAAAUAGUCAUUUAAAAUGAAAUAUGAUAAAUAAAAAUAAAAAGUUUAAGUCUUUUAUACAAUAAAAAACAAAUAUAUAAAAUAUGAUAUUUGCUAAAUAUUGUCAAUUGAAAAAAAAAUAAAUAAUAAAUCUGCGCUUUCAAAGCGCGGAUCAAAAUCUAAUAUCUCUUUAAAUCUCCGUACAAUCUGACUUUUCACAUGCUUCUUUUAAUUUAUAAAAGACCUAUAUAUCCUUUCACAUUCCUCUUUAUUUUUUCUGGAAAAAAAAAACACCUUUUAUUUAAUUGAUAUAUUGAAGUGUUUUGUUAUCCUAAAUGCACACCACCAUCAUUGUCUAUAUAUAAUAUCAAACAUAUUUUUGCUCUUCGUUGGCGUAAUCAUUUUUGUAGGACAAAAAAUUAAUCCAACUGUUGAGUUUACCGCAAUUUAUUAUUGGUUUAUAGUUUGUUAUUAGGUUAUGAAAUUUUUCGCCUAUAUUAAGCAGCAUUCCGAACCGGUUUGAUUACCAAUAGUUAUAUGAAGAGCUCCAUAAACGAAUAUACACAAUUUUUCUUUGAAUAUAUGUGAACAUAACGCAAUUCUUCAUAGAAUAUAUGUGAUUCUUCAUUGAACAUAUGUGACUCCUAACAUAGUGUAACUGAUAUAUGAUAUAUUGCAAGGAGAAGAAGUUACAUUAGUUCAUAACAAGAAUAUUUCUAAAGAGAGAGAGAGUACUGAUAUUUUAGAGAGAGAAAACUUUGAGGAAUCAAGAAAAAAGUAAACGGGGACAAGUGGUUGAUUUUCAUAUCUGAUUUCUUCCCCGACUCUUAUGUAUGUUUCCUAAACGCACUAAAUCACAUUCAUCACUAAACCAUGCUAAGGUAUGUGUUCGGUUUAUACACUUCUGAAUUUAGAUAUUUUACAAUGGCAUCAGAAUGAGAGAGACAAAUAUGUCGUGAGAGACCUCUUAAUUUCUCAUGCACACCACCUUUAUUUUCAAAUUAGUGAGAUAUCUGGAUUUUACCCUUCAUUUUAUCAUCUUCAUCAUUCUUUAGUAGAACUAUUUCUCUCUGCAUUUUUUUUUAAUCUCCAAUCUCGCAGUUGAUAUGGUACAACUUUGAUCUCCCUUGCAUGAGACAUCGAACUGGUUUGUUGCCACCUCUUGUGGAAUGUUUUUUUUUUUAAUUUAUGUUUGGUUUGCGCCCAUAUUAUGCAGCAUACCAAACCGGUUUGAUUAACUAAUUGUUAUAUAAAUAGCUCAAUAAACGAACAUACACACAAUUCUUUGUUGAAUAUAUGUGAACAUACGCAAAUAUUCUUGAAUAUAUGUGAUUCUUCAUUGAACAUAGUAUCUCUAAAUUGUUUGUAUAUAUGAGACAUUGCAAGGAGAAGAAAUUAUAUUUAUUCAUAACAAGAGUAUAAAUAUUUUAGAGAGAUAAAAACUUUGAGGAAUCAACAAAAGGGCAUUAAAAGGUGACAAGUGGUUGAUUUCCAUCACUUAUUUUUCCCGGCUUGCAUUUGUUUUCUAAUCGUAUUAAGUCAUAUUUAUCGUUAAACCAAGAUAAUAUACAUGUUCAGUUAGCUCGUAAAUUAAAAUAAUAGUUAUAAAAGGAUAUGAAUAGGGAAUAUAAUUAAAAUUGUGGUAUGUAGAAAAAUAAAAAAAAUUCUUUUAUUACUCAUAAUAUAAUAUAAUAAUUAAUUACAAAAGUAAAAAUAUAGAAAACAUGUUUUAAAAUAUUUGUAGUUAUAUGAAAAUAGUUUUAUUUUGUUUUAUUACUAUCAUAAUAUAAUAGGUAUAAAAUCUGUAGUAUAUAGGAAACCAAUUUUUUAUUACUAUCAUUUUACAGUAGACUAAUUAAUUAUAAGGAAAUCUAAAGGAAACAAAUAGAGUAAAAUACAAAGUCAAAUGAAAAGAAUCUCAGAGAAGAAAGACCAAAGAGAAACAUUGAAUUUGGCGUUGUCAUACUGUCUUUAAGUUCAUUCUCAUCCUCAUCAUAUGUAUCUCUCUCUACCUCUCUUCUUCUUCGAACACAUCCUACUCUCUCCGAUCAGGUCUUUACUUUCUCUCUGCAGCCUCUCAUAUUACUCUAGCUCUCUCUCCUAUUGUCUAAAAUGUUGAUAGUAUCUUUUAUAUUUGAAUUUUCAUCUCUUGGAUCUUGAUUUCUUGUUGUAGUCUUUGAUUCUAAGAUUGCCUUCUUAGAUUCAAUGCGUUUGUUGUUUGUUUCUCUACUGCAGAAACUUCAUUCGAGAAUGAGUCAGGAAGACAGCCAAGCUAAAUCAUCACAUGAUGGCGAGAAACACUGGAUGUAUUUGAAGCCUGUUCGUCUAUACGACAUGCUUCUAUGUGACUCUCCAAGCAAACAACGGUUUCUUCGGAGAAACUUGAACUACAAAAAUCAAGAAAAGGGCGAGACAAGGUCCGCAUCUGCUGGGAUGGUACUUUUCAACUUUAAGGACUUUGAUAACAAAGUGCAGAAAACUCAAGUUACGAAGAAUUGCUCUUGUCCCUUUUGCAAAAUGCUAUGUGGUAACUUCAAGGGGCUGCAACUUCAUUUGAAUUCAUUUCAUGAAUUACUUGAAUUUGAGUUCAUGACUUCUGAAGAAAACCAGACAGUUAAUGUCUCUGUAAGACUUGAUGCUUUCAAAACCAAGGACCAACGAAACAUUCGAGAAAAAUUUGGGGAUCUCUCCUUUUGCUCAAAACCUUUCAAGCGUACACAAGUAGGUGGUAGAAAUAUCCCCAAGCGGCUUAAUGUAACCAUUUUACCAAUGGAUCCUCCUUUUUUAGCCGAUGACACAGAAACUGGAACCUCCCUGCUGAACAAUGGAAAUCCUGUGGCAAUGAUGAAUGUACCAGAUAUAGGUCAAUCUUCUGGCUCUGGUGCUAGAGAAUCUGAGGGCCCUGCUGCUAAGACAAGAAAGUUAUCUGAAGGGACAUCAGAGGCUAGAAGAACUUCACUUCUCCAGACACGCCAGUUCUAUCAUUCUCGCACACUUCAGAUGAUUGAUGAUUUGGAGGAUGUGAGCCCGACUGAAAAAGAUUUCAUGCAUCUUUGGAAAUCAUUUGUAAGAUAUCAAAGGGUGAUCACUGAUGGCCAGGUUCCUUGGGCAUGUGAAGCGUUUUCAAAGUUUCACAAGAAAGAGUUUAUCGAAUCCAAACCACUACACUCAUGCUGGAGAAUGUUUAUGAUCAAACUGUUGGAGUAUGGGCUUAUCGACGCUGUCACCAUCAAUAAGUGCAAUCUCAUAAUCGAGGAUAGCGAAGAUGAUCAUUCAGUCAACACCAACAACAAUAACAGUGUAGAUUAUGGUAAUAACAGUGUAGAUUAUGGUAUUGACCUCAACAGAAAUGAUACGAUGGAUGUUGACCAUAUCGGAGUGGAUCUUGGCAUUGGCCUAGGGAGGAACACUGCGAUGGAUGUUAACAAUAACAAUGUGGAUCGUGGCAUUGACCUGAACCUUACGAUGAAUGUUAACCCUAGCAAUGUGGAUCGUGGCAUUGACCUAAAUAGGAACGAUGUGAUGGAUGCUGACGAGGAUGUCAAUGACAGCUCAUAUCUCUCUCUCUCUUUAUCUCUCUAAAUUGUUUAGGACAAUGUAGACUUUUUAAUUUUCAAACUGAUGGAGACAUUAAACAAAAUUUGUUUCUUCUUUCUUUUACUUAUUUUUCUUCUUCUAGUUUUAUUCAUCUUUAUUGUUCUAUUUCUGGCAAGGUAUUUUCUGACCAAACAAUACUGUGAGAAAAAUAACAAAGAAAUUUAGUUUUUCCAGAAAACUAUCAACUUGUUGAUAUCUAAUCAAUUUUUUGAUAAUAAAGCUAUGCUAUACCAUCAUAUAUGGAAAUGUAUUAGAAAUAUUAGAGAUUUUUCCGGGCUACGCCCGGGUUAUUUUCCAUAUAUUUUAAUUAAAUUUAAAUUACUUUAUAAUUUGUAUCUGAAUAUAAAUAUAUUUUUAUACUUAGACUGAUUACAAUAUAUACUAUAAUAAAAUCACAUUAUUGAUUGCUACAUUUUUAUUAAUUUACUAAUGUCCGAAACCUUUAACAACAUAACAUGGUGUUAGAUUUAUAUGAGCUACCGAACUUCUAAUGUCAAACCAAAAUAAUCUAAUGGUAAUGUUCUUUACAUUGGAGUAUAUGGAUAUUAAAAUGGGGAAACCCACCCCAUUUAAGACACAUCCCAUGUUGUAAAAAAAAAAAAAAUUAAGACACACUCCAUUCAAAAGCUAUGCCGUUAGAUUAAUUUUAAAAUAGAUCUAUUAGAAUUUUUCAUUUAGACCCUCAAAUAUUACAUUGACUCAUUUAAACUUGUUUUGACCAAUUUAAAAUGAUAUAUGAUCUUCUGUUUUUAAUAUUUAUUUUUAAUGUAAGACUAUUUGGAAGAAAAAACACUUUUUAAAAAUAUUAUAAAAAUAUUUAAAGAUUGAUUAUGGAAAAUGAGGUUUUAGUUGUUUUUUUUCAAAAAACGCAGAUUCGAUUUUUUCGGCAAACCCGUAAAAUUAGAAUUUUCCUCUAAACCGCAAAUCGGAUUUUCAUCUAAAACAGCAAAUUAGAUUUUCCCUCUAAAACCGCAAAUUGUAUUUCUCGAUAAAAUAAAAAAAAAUGAAAUUUACUGCCAAAAUAAAAAAAAAUUGUUUUUUCCCGUCAAAACCGCAAGAGCAAAAUUUUCCGCCAAAAUUACAAAAUUAAAAUUUUCGCCAAAGCUGUGAACUUGAAUCUUCCCGCCAAAAUCGUAAACAUAAAAAUUUCAGCCCGCUAAAACAACAAAUUCUUUUUCCGGCAGAACCACAAAAUCAAAUAUUUUUGCCAAAGCCGAGAAAAUCAAAAUUUUCAGUCAAAACCACGAAAUCAAUUUUUCCACCACAAAAA